AUUUUGUUUUUAUUGUUGAGUUUAAAAAAAAUCUUUUUUCAAAUUCAAUUUCUCAUACUAGGUAACUUUUGACACUUACAAACCAAAUGUGAACCAUCCAUAAUGAAAUAGACACUAUUUCACCACAUCGCGCAAUUAAAUCCUGUUUUGGCGCCGAAAUUCCAAUUGGUCUUUUGUUGUCAUUGUUUUGUUAUACAAAUAAUAGAAUAUUUUCUCAUUUUCUACCGUGAAAUUUUCGUAUGCAUAAAAAUGCCAAUUUUAGUAAAAACAAAAAGCGAUAGUGGCCUUCAAGAAUGGGGAAUCGUUGAGCUUCAAGGCGAUUUGGAAGUGCGUGGUGAUGAAAAUAUGGAGAAUCAAUUCAUUGGCGAUUUGAAUUACGAUAAAUAUGGACAGCCAAUUUUGAUCAUUGGUCAUCAUAUUUUGCAUGGAAAAGAGCAGAAAAUGGAAAAACCAUAUGCUGUAAUGGAAAAAGUUGUUCACGACGCAACCGAAUCGGAAGAAAUUGACUUAAAUCAAACGUCAAAUUUAGAUACAACAGCCAAUCGUACCGUUCUCGAUUCCACAAUUGCCAUUGAGCACAAGAGCCAAACAACAACAGAAUAUCGUGUUCGAGCAAUUGUUCGCAAGAAAUUGGUGUUCAAAACACGACCGAAACCUAUCAUUGCUAAUGUUGCUAAAACUGUUUGAGAAUAAUACUUCCAGUAAAAUAUUUUUUUUUUUUACUUUAAUUGAACAACAUCGCAUUUAUUUUGAUUUCGAAAAAAAUAAACAGUUGCACAAAG